AACAACAUUCCAAUUUGAAAUUCCAAUUUCCAUUUAAUAAAAUUAAUUAAUUUACGAAACAAACUAAUUUAUAAUUAUAAAAAAAUGAAUAUUAUUAAAGGGAAAGGGCCUAUUUACGACCCAGGCAUAUGUAGAUGUUGUGGAGCUGUUAAGAAAUGUCGUCUUUUAAACACUGAAUACGUAGGAUUGGGUCGAAAGGAGGUGUACGCAGAUAUGUUUGUGGAUUGUUUUGGCUUAGUGCUGUCACACUUGGACGGUGAACCGGAGGAACGUCUAAUCUGUGCUACAUGUGUAAUUCGCUUGAGAGAGGCAAGCUGUUUCCGGCAACAAGUGCUCGAGUGUGAAGAGAAGCUCUUGAGAUCGAAGAUAGUCGUCCAUGAAGGUUGAGAGUAAUAAGAGCAUUGAAGUGAUAGCUGACGAUCAAAAUAAUGAACAAGAUGAUUUUAAGCAACCGAACGAACAGAUAGAAGUGUCUGAUAUCAAUAUCAUUGUCACAGAGCCCUUACAGACGUCCUCGUAUGAACAACCAGAAACGCCUUCGGAAUAUCCAAAAUGUGAAGAUAAGCCGAAGCUGAAGAGAAGCUUACGAAGCAAAGCGAUGGCACCGAUGGAAGUCUUGAAAAAAAGGAGUCGAAUGACCACAAGAAGGAUGACAGCAAAGAACAGGCAUGCAGAAAAUACAAAGAUUAAAGACAAAGAACCAAUCGUAAAAGAAAGUCUUGAAAAGGACAAAUCGAUACUAAAUAUAAUUACGAUAAUUGAGAAUUCCUAUGCGUAUCCAUUUAACUCAUUCUUCAAUAAUUAUUAUUGUUCGUACUGCAGACAAAAGUUCUUGGACUGUAGGAAGCUUCGAGAUCAUUCCUUGACUCACGAUCCCGCUACGUACAUGGAAAUUCUUGUAAAUAACACUCGUCUCGAUAACAAAAUAUGUCAAAUCGAUUUUUACAGAAUCGAUUGUCGACUCUGUAACGAAAACAUCGAUACUAUCGAUACAUUAAAGUAUCAUAUUAUAAAUGUCCACGGAAAAACUAUGUAUCCUGUCAAAGAAGAUUUUUUAAAAUUUCGUCUAACACCGACGAAUUUGAAAUGCACAGAGUGUGACAGGACGUUCAGCUUUUUUCACACUUUGAAGAAACAUAUGGCGGAACAUUUCGGAGACUGUAUAUGUGAUGUGUGUGGGGCUCAUUACUUCGAAGAACGAAUGUUAAGAGCACACAUGAAAAGCCACCAGGGAUCUAACGCAAUUUUUUCUUGCAAACAGUGCGGAAAAUCAUUUAAAUCCAAAUACAAUUUGUGCAUUCACAUCGCUCGCUCACACACAAAGGAGGCUCGAUAUUUGUGUACUAAAUGCGAUGAAACUUUUUUUUCCGAUACUCUUCGGCAAAAGCACAUGAUAGACGUACACGGCGAAGAAUCAAUUUUUAAAUGUGAUCACUGUGAUAAAGUAUAUGUCAGCAAGAAGGCCCUACGAGAUCAUAAUAGAAGAAUACAUUUAAAAUUACUGAAACAUCAGUGCAAUUUGUGUGAAAAAAGGUUUUACUUGCCAUGUAUACUGAAAGAACACAUGUCAAGUCAUACGGGUGAAAGGAAUUUUAGAUGUGAACACUGUGGGAAAAGUUAUCUGAGGCUAAGAGCUUUAAAAGUGCACAUGCAAUCACAUACCAGUGAAAAAAAAUAUAAAUGCAAUAUGUGCAACGCGUCCUAUAGUCAAAAUGUCUGCUUGAAGAAUCAUAUAAAAAGGCAACACCAGCAUUUAGAGUCUGAAGAGAGUUUUCAAGAAUAAUUAUUUAAUAAUAAUGUCCUCCUGACCGAUUUCGGCCACGGCGGCCAAUCUCAAGAGAUAUUAGCCAACUACGCAGGAGAUAUUAUAGUGCACAAGUGUGUGCGCAAACACAGGUGCACUCUCUAUUCCUUAACUCUCAUAAUCCGAUAGGCCGCCAAUCCGACACGACCGGAAAGAGUUCAGGCGCAGGACCAACGGCUUUACGUGUUCUAAGCAGUGUUCACACUUCUAACUUCCAGACUCCAGGCUGCUACUGAGAAUUUUCUGACAGAAAAACCCAAUAACUUUUUAUUGGCCCAACCUGGGAAUCGAACCCAGGACCUCCGGGUCUGCGGCCUUAUAUCAAGCCACUAGACCAACGAGGCAGUCAUAAUUAUUUAAAAAUAAGUAAUAAAUGCACAUCCAUAGUAUUAAGUGUAACU